AUGUCUGCCGAAACAAAUCCAUUCCUUUCUAAAGAAGAAAAAGGGGAUAACGAACUAAAUAGUUCAUCGAUUAAGGAUAAUAGCGUAUCGUUGGAGGUUGCUGGUGUUGUAAACCCAGGAAUUGAAACAUCUGAUCCAGAUAAAUUAAACAUCAAGCAUAAGGAAAAGAAACAUAUACCAAGUGGGAAAAGAUGUUGUCUUAGAUUUUUUACAUUGUUAGCCAGUGUUGGUGCAGAAUUUUUCAAUCUUUGUUCACCUAUCGUUGCACAACAACUAGCACCAACAGGCGCAAAUACAUUAGCAAUAAUAUUUUUGCACAUAGUCGCCUCAAUAUCGAUUCUAGUUUCAAUAUACUUCGUUUUUCUUUAUUGUUUUCGUAGAUUCGGCAGUGCGAAAAAAAUUAAUAGAAUCUUAUUGCACUUAAUUGAUCUGGUAUUUGCAAUAUCUUUUGGUGUUUUAAUGGUUUUCAUGAUUGGUGAUUUUAAAUGUCCAAUUGGUGUAAUUUGUACAAUACCAGCAUUGCUUUCACAGUGCUCUGUUGCCUCUUGUACAUUAUUUCGUUCGUUUGGGAUAUAG